AUGUCUUCCCAGCCAGAAACAUCAAAGAAACAGAAGACUGACUUUUCACAGUCGACAUCGACUCCGAAUAUAAAUUGGAAGAAACCUGUGCGACUUGGUUUCAUCGCGGCGGAUAGAACGCGUCCACUGACGGCAGAGCAAAUGGCAAAGCUGAAGGAAGCGAUUCUUAAGACGACGCUAACGUGCGUUACAGAGGGAGUGAGACCGCAGUUUGAAGCAAGUGGGGAACGAAGUGAUUGGUAUCUACUCGUCUGCUCUAAUUACAGUGCAGCCGAGUGGGUUAGACAUAACAUUAAUCACAUCAAGGCCAAUUGUUCUUUGGAUAUCGAGCUGUUGGAGGAACAUCAAUUUCCCUCGUCAUUCCUCAUAAAAGGCAACUUUCCCAAUAGUCUGGAAUAUCAGAACGAGACGAUUCUGGGAUACAUCAGUGCCCAGAAUGAUGUCUGCACAAGGCUUUGGAAAAUUGUUAAUCGGAUUGCAGCUCGUGAAACUCUGCAGCUGGACAUCCUGAUCGAUAAUGCAUCUCUGCAGGCGCUAAGAAAGAUUAGCUUCAGGAUAUGGUACUGCAUUGGCAGCGUCAAGCUAUUGCAGAUGGAAGCAGACCGCAAAUCAAUUCCAUCACCUCCUCAAGUCAAUGCAGCAAAUCCCUGGUAUCCCUAA